UGUUCCGCAUCUUCCAAGAACUAGACAACCCCCAGAUGACCACCGUGGAAUACACAUGAACUUGCUGGAAACAUACGUUAACCACGUGACCGAACUGAUCUUUGCAGCUGCCUUUAGUGCCAUGGACGAUGCCAUAGUCCUUAAGAAAAAAGGCUACAUUAUGGGAGGCAAUUUAGGGGAAGGCUCUUAUGCCAAGGUGAAAUCGGCCUACUCCGAACGACUGAAGUUCGAUGUCGCUGUAAAAAUCAUAGACCGGAAAAAGGCUCCUCCGGACUUCCUGGAGAGGUUUCUUCCGAGAGAAAUUGACAUCCUAGCCAAAAUGAACCACCGAUCCAUCAUAAAAACCUAUGAGAUCUUUGAAACAUCGGAUGGCAAAGUGUACAUUGUGAUGGAACUUGGCGUCCAUGGGGAUCUGCUGGAGUUCAUCAAGACGAAAGGGCCGAUGCCUGAGGAAACUGCACGCAAGAGGUUCUGUCAGUUAUGUGCGGCCAUAAAGUAUUGUCACGAUAACGACAUUGUCCACCGGGACUUGAAGUGUGAAAAUCUCCUUCUGGACAAAGAUUAUCACAUCAAGCUUUCGGACUUUGGCUUCUCCAGACGGUUGGCCCGUGAUGACGAGGGCAAAGUGAUCCACAGCAAAACCUUUUGUGGUUCAGCCGCUUAUGCGGCCCCAGAAGUGCUUCAGGGCAUCCCCUACGAGCCCAAGAUCUAUGAUAUAUGGAGUCUCGGCAUCGUCCUGUACAUCAUGGUUUGUGGCUCCAUGCCUUACGAUGGCUCCAACAUUCGGAAAAUGUUGAGGCUCCAGAAGGAACACCGAGUGUAUUUCCCCAAGUCUAAAAACCUGACUAUGGAGUGCAAAGACCUGAUCUAUCGUAUGCUGCAGCCGGAUGUGACCCGGAGGCUGCGGAUCGAAGAGGUGAUCAACCACAUUUGGCUGCUGCCUGCCAGAUCCAGGGCUAUGUCCAUGCUGUCUUUUGCCAGGAAUGAAGAGAGCUCUCGGAUGGCGGGUGAGCAUAAGGCAGAACAGAAGACGGACCUGGAAAUGGAGACCGAGAUCAAGCCAGAGCCAGUCGUCAGACUCGAAGCGAUACAAGAAUCAACGGAACUGACGGAAAAGCAAGACGACAUCAACCGACUAGCGGCGAAGUUGCAGGAAGUCGAAUUCUAAUAGUCACACAGAAGGGCAAAAUAUGGGGCUCUGCAUUCACAAUGUAACCUGAUUCUUAGUAAGGAGGGGCAAAUGUUUCCUAAUUAGAUUCUUUCUUUCAGGGUCUGUCUUAUGCACCUGAAGCGGCAUUCUGCAGAAUUAAUUCAUUCUAAAGGCAGAAAAUACAGUAUUUCUCAAUACUUCCUUUUCUGUUUUUACUUCACUACUUUUGUGUUACUUUUACUUUAAAAAGUAAAUUUCUACUCUUUUAUUAUGUGUGUAUAUAUAUGUAUGUACGUAUAUAAUUUGUGUGUGUGUAUACACACACAUAUACACACAUAUGCAUAUACAUAUAUAAACUUAUACUUUUUAACUUUAUGGAUCUCUUUUUUGAAAAACAAAUCUCUUUCAGAAUAAAAGACUUCUAAAUUAUUUUAACUUAAGGACUGUUUUUUUUUUUUUUAACUUAACAUCUUCUUUGUGUUAUUUUUACUUCAGUAUUUUGCCCUGGUUUUUAUUUUCUAAAUACUGUAACUACCUUUGUACUUUUUUUCCUUUUUACUUAUAUACCUUCUUUUCCUGCAUUAGUUCUAAAGGAGGAAAUAAAGCAUAAACCCCCAGA